UAAACUCGCAUUGGUAAACAAGGGAGUGAAAUUGCCGACCGAAUGGCAACAAGAAUGUUUACGUGGAUCUGGAUAUUUGAAAUUGUUUUCCACGGUGUAGUGCCGCAAGUCUUGGAGCCCCCGGGAACCAGGUGGGGGAAGAACGUUACAUCUUGCGAGGAAUUCGAACGAGACGCUCACUUCGAGCCGACAGAAGUAAUCGAUGCCAUGUGGAAAAUAUUUUACUCGUGGGCUGACACCACUGAGUUGUCGCUCAUUGUGUUCUCGUUACUAUCAGCUAAGCGUUUAAAAAGAAUAAAAGCUGUAGUAGACUCGAUAGAUCCGGGUUUGGGGAUACCCUGGUUGGAUGCCGAGUUUCUAAUGGAGCCUCGAGGUGGUUUACAGAUUCUGUUGCUUCGCCAGGGGACUCCGGGUGCAUACCGCGCCCUCAUCAUCGCCGAACAACGCGAUAAAGCUCGCCCAAAUCCGAGACCAAUCCUAAAUAUGGCGGAUGUGCGCAUGAAACUGGUGGGCCGUAUCAUGGGCAUGAUGUCCUGCGAGGAGCUCACCGCAUAUGCGCUGGCUCGACAGCACGAGAUGCCGGUCACGGAGGCCGACUGCGUGGUGCGGGCCAACACGCUCAGGUACCGGGGGCCCGGGGGACACUCGUACCUUCAAAUACGUCGCAUGAUCAAACAAGAACUAUAA